AUGUCGCGCUCCUUCUAUGUGGACUCGCUCAUCAUCAAGGACUCCUCGCGGCCCGCACCCUCGCUGCCGGAAUCGCACCCAGGGCCGGAUUUCUUCAUUCCGCUAAGCAUGCCGUCCCCGUUGGUGAUGUCUAUGUCGGGGGCCGGCUGCCCGUCCCGCAAAAGCGGCGCUUUCUGCGUGUGCCCGCUUUGCGUCACCUCGCACCUGCAUUCCUCUCGCCCGCCCGCAGGAGCCGGUGGCGGUGCAACGGGGACCGUAGGCGCUGCGGUGGCGGGCGCCGGGGCGGCUGGGGGCACCGGCGCCCUACCUCUGCUCAAGAGCCAGUUCUCUUCCGGCCCUGGGGACCCACAGUUUUGCCCACGGGUGAGCCACACACACCAUCACCACCACCCGCCCCAGCAUCAUCAUCACCAUCAUCAGCCCCAGCAGCCGGGCUCAGCGGCGGCGGCGGCGGCUGCUGCUGCUGCGGCAGCGGCGGCCGCAGCGGCCCUGGGACACCCUCAACACCACGCACCUGUCUGCGCCGCCACCACCUACAACGUGUCGGACCCGCGGAGGUUCCACUGCCUCACCAUGGGAGGCUCCGACACCAGCCAGGUACCCAAUGGCAAAAGGAUGAGGACAGCAUUUACCAGCACGCAGCUCCUGGAGCUGGAGCGAGAAUUCUCUUCCAACAUGUACCUGUCCCGACUCCGAAGAAUCGAGAUCGCAACGUACCUGAACCUCUCAGAGAAGCAGGUGAAAAUCUGGUUUCAGAACCGUCGCGUGAAGCACAAGAAAGAAGGGAAAGGCGCUUCGAGGAACAAUCACGCAAGCUGCAAGUGCGUGGGCAGCCAGGCGCACUAUGCUCGCUCAGAGGACGAGGACUCCUUGUCCCCAGCCUCGGCUAACGAAGACAAGGAGAUUUCUCCCUUGUAA